AUGCUAGCUCCCUCCAAUUACACAGAUAAAAGAACAUGGAAAAUGACACCUGCGAUGAUACGUGCCAGAAAACCGUUCUUCGUUAGGAACAUGGUUGGAUUGAGUGCGUUGCUGGGCGCCUCGCUGGGGAUUUAUUUCUAUACCUAUAGAGUUUUACACAAGGACAACGAUUUUGCGGACGUUCCCAUCCCACCGAUAGAUAAGAAAGAGCUGGAAGCACUACAGAAGGAGUUUUCCACAAAAUAG